UUUGAAGAUACUUGAGGUGCGCACUACACACCAGGCACGCGGAAUAGUAGAAAAGUUUUGGUUUGUCUAUUAUCAGAAAUCCAACUCUUCCUGGUUCACCUACGCGUCUGAGUUUGGUUGCAAGUUUUCAGUGAGGUUGUGGUAGAUUUUUGAAAGCUUAGUUGAGCGCGAAGAAUUUGCAAUGAAACGGGAAGUACAGCUAGAACCGCCAGUUGCGCAAAACCUUGGUGAUUCCGACCCUCUACUCGAUAAUCAGGAGAAGGAGGAGGAGGAAGAGCGGAAGGAUGAGGAGUGUCAAGGAAGCACGAGUGAGAUUAGGAGUGAAGAUGUCGAGGCUGGCUUACUUCCUUCUUGUCGAAUUUGCCUGGAAAGCGAUUCCGACCCAGGUGAUGAAUUGAUAUCACCAUGCAUGUGUAAGGGGACCCAACAAUUUGUCCAUCGUUCGUGUCUUGAUCACUGGCGUUCAGUAAAGGAAGGGUUUGCCUUCUCACACUGCACCACCUGCAAAGCCCAAUUUCAUCUUCGAAUUGAAUUGUUUGAGGACAACUCCUGGCGUAAAAUAAAGUUCAGACUUUUUGUGGCAAGGGAUGUUUUUCUUGUAUUUUUGGCUGUACAAACUGUGAUUGCGGCAAUGGGUGCGUUUGCAUACCUCAUGGACAAAGAUGGGGCAUUCAGGAACUCUUUCGAUGAUGGUUGGGAUCGGAUACUGUCAAAUCAUCCUAUACCAUUUUAUUACACUAUUGGAGUACUAGCCUUCUUUGUGCUGCUUGGGUUUUUUGGUCUCAUUCUACAUUUUUCCUCCCUCAAUGCCAAUGACUCCAGAAUGGCUGGGUGUCAGAACUGUUGUUAUGGAUGGGGCAUUUUGGAUUGCUUUCCCGCAUCAAUGGAAGCAUGCUUUGCCCUUGUGGUUGUUUUUGUCGUCAUCUUUGCAAUUUUGGGCAUAGCUUAUAGUUUUCUCGCAGCCACCAUGGCGAUUCAGAGAAUUUGGCAGAGACAUUACCACAUACUGACCAAGAGGGAGCUGACUAAGGAAUACGUAGUGGAGGAUCUCCGAGGUUCUUAUUCCCCGCCAAAACUGGACCCAGAACAUGAAGAGCGCUUGAAAAUGCUCAAGCUUUUGUGAUUAAUUAAACAGAGACUUGUAAAAUGUGUUAAAGAAUGUUUAUGCCAAGAUUUUAUUUUAAUUGUAGUUAGAACCUAUCAUGUUCAGCAGACUUCUACUCUGUGACUCUGAGCAUGCAAGUGGAUUGUAUGAUCGUUUUUACCUGGUUCCUCGCCAGAUUCUAUACCUCACCAAAAUUGACUCUACAAUGUGUGCACUUACUUGCUCAGUUUCAAACUCUUUCCUUUCGUAAAUAAAAAAUUGAAGAAUUAAACGGG